AUGGCUUCAAAUCCCUCCAUGUCGGGCCUCGCUCGUCUACCCGCGAACCUGCGUGGCAGCUUCGAGUCCGUCAAGCGCAGAAGACAUGACGUCUCUUGGUCGCUGCUGAACCUCGACCUACUGCGCAAUAUCCUCUUCUUCCUCUUUGUCCUGCGAUGGACUCGCCGCGCUUUCUGGCAGCUCAAGGGUCGCGGCCUCAUCGGCUCCAUCGUCGAGCUCUACACCAACAUCCGUCGCAUCCUGUACGGCUACUUCCUCCGCGCUCCUGGUGUUCGCGGAAAGGUCCAGAAGCAGGUCAAGGACACCCUGCGCAAAAUGUCGGACAAGAUGGUUCCCAAGGACCAGAUCCGCUACCUCACUCUACCCAAGGACGGUCUCCCCCUCGACGCAGUCCGCUCCGAACUCGAGAACCUCGCCAACAUGGACCAUACGCGCUGGGAGGAUGGCUACGUGUCUGGCGCCGUGUAUCAUGGUGAGGACGAGCUACUGAAGCUGCAGACAGAGGCAUUCGGCAAGUUCACCGUCGCCAAUCCCAUCCACCCCGAUGUCUUCCCUGGUGUUCGCAAGAUGGAGGCCGAGGUUGUGAGCAUGGUCCUUAGCAUGUUCCACGCGCCUCCUGGUGCUGCUGGUACUUCUACCAGCGGAGGAACCGACAGUAUUCUCAUGGCUUGUCUGGCGGCGCGCCAGCGGGCUUACCACGAGCGGGGAGUCACGGAGCCCGAGAUGAUUCUCCCCGAGACGGCUCACACAGCCUUCCACAAGGCUGCUCAGUACUUUAAGAUCAAGAUUCACCUCGUCUCUUGCCCUGGUCCUGACUACCAGGUCGAUGUUCGCGCCGUCUCCCGUCUCAUUAACCCCAACACGAUCCUGUUGGUCGGCUCCGCGCCCAACUUCCCUCACGGUAUCAUUGACGAUAUCGUUGCCCUGUCCAAGCUCGCUCUUAAGAAGGACAUUUGGCUUCACGUCGACUGCUGUCUGGGUUCCUUCCUCGUUCCCUUCCUUGAGAGGGCCGGCUUCGAGUCUCAGCUCUUUGAUUUCCGUCUGAAGGGUGUCACCAGCAUCAGCUGCGAUACCCACAAGUACGGAUUCGCGCCCAAGGGUAACUCGACUGUUCUCUACCGCUCCGCUGAGCUCCGAACCUACCAGUACUUUGUGUCCCCCGACUGGUCUGGCGGUGUCUACGCUUCUCCGGGCAUCGCCGGAUCUCGACCUGGCGCACUCAUUGCCGGCUGCUGGGCGAGUCUGAUGACGAUUGGCGAGACUGGUUACAUCGAGGCCUGCACCAAGAUUGUCGGCACUACCAAGAAGAUUGCCAAUGCCAUCCAGAGCACGCCGCUUGGUGGCGAACUCGAGAUUCUUGGCAAGCCCCUUGUUUCGGUGGUUGCCUUUACGGCCCGUAACCUUAACAUCUACGAUAUUGCCGACGGCAUGAAUGCCAAGGGAUGGCAUCUCAAUGCUCUGCAGAACCCUCCUGCUAUUCACGUCGCUGUCACUCUCCCCAUCACCAAGGUUUGGGAGAAGUUGGUUGCCGACCUGGAGGCAGUCGUCGAGGAGGAGCGUGAGAAGGAACGUGUGCGAAUCGUCGAGGGCAAGACGGCCCACGGCAAGGCUAUGGGUGACACAUCGGCACUGUACGGCGUUGCGGGAUCGUUGCCAAACAAGAGCGUGGUGGUGGACCUUGCUACUGGCUUUUUGGAUUUGUUGUACAAGGCGUAA